AUCUCUCCUCACAUUCUUUUCCUGAAUUCGAUACUGAAUCUUGUCAGAUUUGAAUAAUAUAUCAUACUAAACCGUAGUUUCGCAUUGCUAUUGGUUAUGGUCACGCAAUCGUGACCAACAAAUAUGUGAUUCACGAUAAUCCCUAUAUAUAUCCAAAAUUAACGCACGCUGUAUACCUAAAAUCAAAUGAUAUUAUACUAAAGCGUCCUAUGUUAACGAAAGUUUCACAAGUGGAGUACGCUUGCGGAUGGAACUUGUACACGAUGAAAUUUAUGGGGAUUUGGCCAGAGGAAAGAAGGUUCGAUCAAAUUUCGAGUUACAAAGUGUUAAUAGGAAUUAGCUUCAUCAUCUUAUUCUGCAUUAUACCUCAAUACAUACUACUCUAUUUCGACCGAUGUGAUUUCGACUUGGUUAUGGAAAAUCUAUCUUUGGACACCAUAAAUGAAACGAUCUCAUUCAUGAAGAUGAUAUUCUUCUGGUCUAGCGGUGGACGUAAAUACAUUUCAUUUAUUUCAAUCCCUCUGUAACUUUAUAUAAAUUUAAACUCGAUAAAAUUUAGAUUUCCGUAUUUCUUAAAUUUCAUUUUAUUUCAUUCGAUUAGAAAAUUCAUUGUUACUACGUAUAUAUGAGAUUAUUAAUUUUUCUAAACUGCAAGCUACGAUGAUACAAUUAUACAUAAUAAUAGGAGCAAUAUCAACUAUAAUAUUUCUUUUAAAAGAUGAUCAAAAAAUAGAGUUACAGAGGGUUAACAAUAAAAUAUAUCAGCUGAAUAUAAAGACAAUAGUUACACUUUUUACAUGUUUUCUCACACUUCCACGCUUAUUUUUAUCAAACGUUUCUAUCGAAGAAAUAAAGGAUCUUCUCCGGGCAAUGGAGGAAGACUGGAAGGAAGUAUCUACGAAGGAAGAUGAAAAAAAAAUGAUGGAAUACGCGAAAUUUAGUAGGAACCUAUCUACGAGAGCAACAGCUGUCUGUUACGCUCUUAUCCUUGUUUAUACCGUCAAGCGAUGUCUAUCUAUGCGUACCGACGGUCGUCUUUUAUUUUUCCCUGCGUAUUUUCCAAUUGAGACAAUGACUAGUCCAAUAUUUGAAUUAAAGUUCAUCGGUCAAAUGAUAGGUGCAACUUAUUAUACAGUAACGUAUACGGCAGUAGAUACUUUCUUAGCCAUGUUGAUCCUUCAUGUGUGCGGACAACUUUGGAGGCUACGAAACGAUCUGAUCAAUCUGAAUUCCGCUACGAGAGAAGAAUUUCAGAUCAAAUUAAGUUACAUCGUAAAAAGGCACGAUUAUUUAAACAGGUACCUAAUGGUCCAGAAUCACUUCUUCAGAUUCAUCGAUACGAUAGAAAAUCGAUUCAAUAUAAUGCUCCUAUUUCAAAUACUCGGCUGUACCGUGCAACUCUGUAUGGAAUGUUUCCAAGGACUUUUGGUAAAAUUCAAACAAAAAAUCCAUAGACUCGUCUGCGCAUCGAUAUAUCUGGGAACAGAAGCCCUUAGUAGAGAUCUACCGAAUAAAAAUCUGUCCUUUCAGAGUACCGAACUUGCUUAUGCAGCUUACGAAUGUGUAUGGUAUGAUUUACUACCGAACGAGGCCAGAUCCCUGAUAUUGAUAAUACGUCGAGCACGAACACCAUUGCGUCUGACAGCAGGCAAAUUCUGUAUUUUCAAUCAUGAACUUUACAGCAGCGUUUUGAAGACGUCAAUGGGCUAUCUAUCUGUUUUACGCGCAACAAUGAUAAAUGAUGAACAAUGACAUUUUCAAUUUAAUUCACAAAUAACUAUAUUAUCAUAGAAUCGAAUAUAUUCUAGCAAAAAAAAUCGAGUUCAUAUAACAAUUAGUUUGUAGUUUCUUUC